AUGAUUUCUAAAGUGUUAGCAGAAAUAUUAAAAUAUGAUCUCCCAUGUAUCAUUUCAGAUCAGCAAUAUGCUUUCAUAAAACAGAGACAAAUUCUUGACUGUGCUCUUUUGGCAAACGAAUGCAUUGACUCGCGAAUCAAGAGUGGUAUCCCAGGGGUGAUAUGCAAGAUAGAUUUUGAGAAGGCUUUUAGCCACGUCUCUUGGGAUUUCAAUGAUGAUGUGCUGGCUAAAAUGGGUUUUGGAGAAUUGUGGAGAAAGUGGAUCCAAGUUUGUAUCUCAGAUACUCAUAUCUCGGUCUUAAUCAACGACUUGGCUCAUACAAAAUUGACCAUUGGAAAAGGAUCGACGCAAGGUGACCCUCUCUCACCCUUUAUUUUUAUUAUUGUUGCUGAAGCCUUACAUCUCUUGCUGCAAUCUGGUAAAGAACAUGGUCAUAUUGGCGGUUUCGCAAUGAGUCAAAAUGGGAUCGUGAUUACCCAUCUUCAGUUUUCCGACGACACGUUAGUCUUUCUCGAUGAUUCUACGGAUCAAAUGAACUAUCUGAGAUAUUAUCUCCUUGGGUUUGAGAUGUUAUCCGACGUUCAUAUAAACUUCUCCAAAUGCAGCUUCUUUGGAGUGGCAGUAGCUUCUAAUCUGGAGAAUAUGGCUGCAAUGUUAGCCUACUUUGUUCCUGGAAAAGUUCUUGCUUUAACAAAGCCGGAUUCUUCGGAUACUAAAAAAGGUUAUCACUAUGUGGGUUGGAAGAAUUGUCGUAAACCUCUGAAAGCUGAAAGACCGGGUAUCAAAUCAGUCAAAAGUAUGAAUAAAGCUCUGAUUUCAAAGUGUUGGUGGCGCUUUAACAAAGAAAAAAAGGCCUUGCGGAGGAAUUGUAUAGUUUCUAAGUAUGAUUCAACUCUUUUGGACAGAGAGAAUAAAAAUCCAAAACCAGGAAACAAGUGUGAAGUUUGGAAGAAUAUCUUUGCUUAUUUGAAGACAUUCAAACAGUGUUCAAGGUUUCGUUUAGGUGAUGGGGCUACGAUCAGAUUCUGGGAAGAUACUUGGCUCGACGACCAACCAUUAUAUUUGGUUUUUCCUCACAUCUAUUCCAUCACAUAUACAAAGAAAUGGACAGUCCAAAAAUGUGUCGAAUCGUUAUUCAAUGGUGGACCGUGGAACAUUGGUCUGGACAGAAGGCUCUCUCAAACCCAAAUGCAAGAAGUUUCUGCUCUUAUUGUCUUAUUCGAAAACUUAUCACUUGGUUCUGAACAAGACACUCUCGUGUGGUCAGUCGACAAAAGCGGCCUGUUCAUAGUGAAAUCUGCUUAUUCUUGGUUCGAAAAAGAGCAUCCAUUAUACCAUACAAGCGAACCUGAAAUUCGUAAAGGGCAUUGGGCUAGACUAUAUUAUGACCAAUUGGGGUAUGCUUUUCGUAACGUAGGGUCUGUCUAUUUUUUGGCUUAA